AUCUUUAAUUGACAGAUUUGUGUACAAAAAUUAAGCAGGUCUUUUUUGUAAGAGUAAAUCCCAGAAAGAGUCUUCCUAUGGGAUUCCCUUCCAUUUUCCCAAUGACCCUGAAGUGAGGAGAACUCCAGGCCAUGUACAUAGGCAACACUGUACUACUGCUCCUCUUGUUGAUGCUGAUGGUGGACAACUCAUUGACACAUGAUUCUGAGGAUGAUAACUGCACCACCAUUACUAUUGAAAGAGGUACAAAAUACUAUAGUAAUCUUGGUGACUCAGCCAUGCUAGAGUGCCCAGUGAUCUACUGCAUCAAGAAGCCUGAAAUGAAUUGGCAUAUGCUGAACAGGAGGGAAAAGAAGUUCCAUAUGUUGAAUUCUGAAAAACAACGCUCCAUUUCAUGGAGAAAUGAAAAAACGUUUGUUUUGAAUUUUCAAUCAGUUCAUAAAAAUGACAGUGGACAAUAUCGUUGUGAAGCAAUACUAAGUAAAAGAAUACUUCCGAGUCAUGUUGUAGAAUUAAUUGUUCAAGAUCACAGUAACUCAUCCGUGUUUCUAAGUACUACAAAUGCUACAGAAGAUCAGAAACUACAUGAAAAGAACAAUAUGUUGAUUACGAUUUAUUCCAUAUCAUCCCUUGGUACUCUGUUCCUCAUUGCCGGCUGCUUUGGAUUGCUGUAUUUCACAAGGAGGCAUCAAGUAAAAAACGCCCAGAAAGUAAAAAACCCAGAAAGUGGAAAUAACAGGAACAAUCAACGCUGCAAUGAUAGCACAACUCAUGUCUCAGAUGAAGCAGCCUUCUUUAAUGAAGAUUCCAUGCCUUGCUUGUUUCAAGUUCCCAAUGGGAAUCAAGACAACUACCAGAAGGCAUCUAGAACCAGUCUAAAUUCCAUGAAGUUCAAUGAAGGUUUACCAGGAUAUAAAGAGGACUCAGUUAUUUAUGCAACAUUAAGCCAUGGAGAACUUAUUCAGAGAACCAAGCCCCCUGAAGAAAUUGAAUUGACAGAAUAUGCCAUCAUUAGACUGAAGAACUAAAGGUGGACAUCAUUCAUCGUUUUAUGUUCUCUAGCAUGGCUUAGCAAGCUUAUCCACAAACAUCAUUUAUAUACACUGUUUCUAUUUGAAACAAUAUUCUGGGGGGAAAAUAAUUAUUUAUUUGCCAGAUAAUGCAUAGUUUAAGUGAAUCACAUUUGCUAUGUAAUUGCUCUUUCUAUUUCCAUAUGGCUAUCUGAUGUAUCUCUGUAUAACCAGACAUUUCCUGACUCAGCAAUUGGGAUUCCUUUUGUCCUAUUUCGGGGCCCCAUAUCUGACAUGUUUGAGACCCUUCCUAUAGAAUUUUACUAGUAAGUUUUUUCUAGAGUAGGUCCCAAGGUCUUUCUCCAAUCUUAUAACUUAUUUCUCAACAGUUGUCCAGGGACAUCAACUCCCAUGGUCCUUGUAAACCCAGAUAAUCCAGAAAACCAAUCCACUAUGGAAUUCUUUUUCUGUUGUCUCCUCAUGGUUAAUGGGUUUGUGGAUACUCUUAGUCUGGCUUCUUGGUUGAGACCUAUAUAGUUUGAGUGAUCCUUCUGGUAUACUUUCUGGUGAUAUACCUUCAGCAUAGCUCUCAACCUAAACAUAACACAUGACAAGGGAGUACCCACAUGCAGUGGUUUCUAUGUAUAUAGCAAUUCCAUGGGUAUAGCAAUAUAGCAAAAUACCCAUAGCACUUAGACAUAUUCUGCUUCAUAGUGCUUUAAAGCCCUCUCUAAGUGGUUUACAGAGUCAGCAUAUUGCCCCCAACAAUCUGGGCCCUCAUUUUACCAAUCCCAGAAAGAUGGAAGAUUGAAUCACCUUGAGCCAGUUAGAAUCGAACUCUUGGCAGUGAGCAGUGAGUUAGCCUGCAAUACUGCAUUCUAAACUCUACACCUAUCUUUGUAAGAUGGCAGCAUUUGCCUAUUACAGAUUAUUUCAAGGUUUCUGGUAACUUCGAAGGUAUUUAUAAAAAUAUAAGUCACAAACUAAUUGCUAUUUCCAUGUAUACAGCAAUUAAUUUGUGACUUACAUUUUUAUUAAUAUCUUUGUACUAGAAACCUUGAUAUAAUCUAUAUAUAAUCUAUAGUAUACUAUUUUGAAAACAUCUGGUAAACAUAAUUGCUUUCUUCCCUACAGUGUAAAAUAGGUAUUAAAAAGAUAGAUGGGGUGACUUCAGCAAUUUUGGUUCUUCAUCCAUUCUUUGCUUCAUUAGGAAUAUGGCCCUUAAUUAAAAAAAAUACUGUCUCUCUCUGAUCAGAUUAAUCCAUGACAUUAUUGAUUUCAUGAGCAGUUUAUUACUGAGCUGCUUUUUCAGAAGAUAUCGAAUAUUUUAUCUGUAUUCUAUAAAAUUUAGCAAUAGAUAUUGAUUGCUUUAAAAAAAUCAAUGAGUUGUCUGAGGAAUUAAAACUUGUCUUCUAUUAAUUUGUUACAGCAUUUUCAGCUCAUUGUGUAAUUAUUGGGAAAGCUUAACAACUAACUGAUGUUGCAGAAGCUAUGCUAACGUGAUCUUCCCAAAAAUAUAAUUUAUUGAAUAACCAGGGAUAGACAAACUAUGGCUUAAUGUAACAUGCAAUUUCUGAUUAUUCAGAGAUAUUGAGAUCAGAUGAGCUUGUCUAUUAUAAACCAUGGUUUACUGUCUUUUGUCCAUUAUGUUCUGAUAUAGCUUUGACGGUUAAAAGGAACCAGUGAUGGAGACCACAUACUUUCUCUGAUUACCAUCUGCUAAGAACAACCAGAGGAAAUGUUUACAUCCAGGCUUUAGGCUUCGAGAGAUAAAGUUGGCCAUACCAUAGCAAACAGGAUGCUGGCCUAGAUGGAUAUUUAAUCUAUUUAAUGAGGCAUUUUUAUAUCUCUGAUGAUUAAUUAAAUCAGCAGUUUGAUUUUCCAAGUUGAUGUCCAAAGCAAUUGACCCCACAAAUUCUAGGAAGUGACUGGGAAUGAUACAGUUCUUACUAAUAAAACUUACUAAUAUUGAAGCAGGAAGUGGAUGUGACUAUUUAAAAAGUGAGUCUGAAAAUUAGUAGCACUGAUACCAAGUGCAUUACUCCCAAAAUAUGUUGUGCCUAGUUAAUAUUCAUUUAAUGAUAAUAAGGUCGACAGAUUUAUUUUGACAGAAGGAUUAUAGCCUAUCACUGCUACUUGGAAGACAAUCAAUAUGCCUCCAAAAGUAAAAUAAAAUGUAAAGUGCUCAUAGCAUCACUAAGAACACAGUCUAACUGAAAGAACAAGAACAAGAAUUGAAUGAAUUGCUCUCUCUUUGAAUUCAAAUAUGUAAAAGAAAGAAAACAGGAAACAUCAUCAAAAACAGACACACUACAGAGGAAAGCAUGUUUUUCAUAGAUAAGAGGGGGCUGUGCAGUUCACAAAAGGAAGUGAAACUGCAUAUAAAUGAGUUCAGUUAGAACUUUUGGUGGAAAUAACAGCAUAGGAAUGCUUGUAUCGUAUUCAUCGCAUGUAUUUCAUCUGCAGGGGGAAAAAACCAGUCCUUUCAUGUCUGUUAGCUAAUAAUCAGUUAUGUCACUAUUUAUCUUCAGCCAAUAAAUGUUUAUGUCAUCAUAAUGCUAAGCUAGUCUUCCCCAAUCUACCAUCCUCUAAAAGCCAUAUAUAAUUAUGUAUGUAAUAGUAAACAUUCUUGAAUUACACCUAAAGUUCAUAGAAUUGACAUCUCAUUCUGACCUGGUCCACUAUAAUAUCUCAUAUUUAUAUAACUCCAAGAAUCUAGUUUAAAGAUCUGCCAUACUGAUGAAUAUACAUUUUCAAAUUACAAGAAAAAAAAUAUUAUUGUUUUAAUUAGUAAGCAGAUGGCUUUAGAAAGAACAGUCUCUUGGAGAAUUUAAAGCAAAAUUAUGUUUAUCAAAUAUAUUGUGGCUGUUUCAGUUGAUAAAAAAAAUAUCCCCUUCCAGCAUUUCAGUUCUAUGAUUUUAUUGUUUAGAACCCUCGAUAACUCACUGCAAAGUCUUCUAGGUGUAUCCAUCAUAUAUGUUGAUUUCGCAGAAACAAUUUUUAUUAACCUUUCUUUCACUCAUUUCUCAUAAUUCAUUAUGAAGGUUGGCUUCUGCCGUUUAUGGAACCCAUCUUUAACCUGUCUUAUCCUAAGCAUAAAACUAAUCCCCUGUAGUUAUAGGAGUAUUUCAGUUUCAUGUUAAUCUAUCACACACUUUUAGCAUUUGGCUCUUAUCGCUCAAGAAUUUGUCAGUCAAUAAAUAAACUGUUACAUAAUGAUGUUGUAAAUAUUUACACAUAGAUACAUACUAUUUUUGUUUUAGAGAAUUAUGUGGCAAGAUAACAUUUGAUCCAUCUCAACUAAGUUUUGUGUUUGUUACCAGUUUUACCAAUUUUAAUGUGUGAAAUAUAGUUUAGUAUAAGUGUGGAUUAAAGUUGAGGUGGAUAACCAGCAAAAGAUACAGGUUUGUCUCUAUUAAGCUUAAUAUACAAAUAUUCUGCAUUUAUUAAUUAAAUAUUUUUCAUUGUUGAAGUUACCCGUUUCCCUGAAAAUAAGCACCAGCAUCUAAUAUAAGCCCCAAUACCCCCCCCCCCAAAAUAAGCUCUACUUGAGAGCCUGAGUAGCUGGCUGGGAGCCCAUUCCAUCUGGUUGCUUGCCAAGCUGCGGUCAUGAGGCAAGGCAGGGAGAAACUACUCCAUGUGCCCUGCACCAGCUUACCUCAGGGCCGCUGCAGCCAGGCUAUCCAUGCCCUGACACCUGUCUCAUGGCAGCACCGGCAUCCAUGUGCAGCAGGAGCCAAUGUCGCCGCCGGCUCUCUUCUUUUACUUGCUUGUAGCUGCAAUGGAGCAGGAGGCCGAACAGUGUGCUGAUGAAGCGGCCAUGAGCAAAGCAGGUGUCGAUGAAUGGAUGGCUUGGCUACGGAGACCCUGAGAUAAUCUGGUGCGGGGUGCAUGGGGCAGCUCUACUCCCCCACCUCAUGGCGGCACUUGCACACCAUGUGGCCUCCUUACCUGUCUCAAGCAAGCAGAAGAAGUGGGCCUCCCGUACAUGGGGAAAAAUAAGACACCCCAAAAAUAAACCCUAGUGCUUAUUUUGGGGCCCAAAAGAAAAUAAGAUCUGGUCUUAUUUUUUGGGAAAACAUGGGUAUAUAAUAAGCACAUAAAAUCAGCAAAUGCCUCUUCAGCCUUAGGAAAUUGACCAUGAGAACUCAAAGAGCCUUGAUCAUCUAGCCUAGUGUUCAUUGAAUUCACUUUCUUUUUUCUCCUACAACCAAGACAUGAAGAAGAAACCAAUAAACCAAUUAGGAAUAUAGCAAAUGUUUCCUAAUAACUGGAACUAGAACUGGAACUGAAUAAUCUUCUGCUUUAAAUACUCAAGGUAUUUAUGUACCUAAAAGAAAGAGGAAACUUUUCGCUACCAAAAUAACAACUUGUGAAUUUCAGGAAGGGGGCAUUUGAAAAAUAGAGGCAGAUUAAUUUAAAGAGAAUAUAGUUAUUAAAGGGAGAAAUUGUUUCUGGUUGUCUGUGACUGAGGAUCCAAGCCAGAUUUUGUGGAGCCCAUAAAUGGAAAAUCUCCCUUAUCUUUAGACUUAUCCUUGAGUGCUCUUAUAUGGUAAAUGUCUUCUUAAUCUCUUUAUUACUAUGCAAUCAUUCACUCUAAACCCAGAGAACUUUUUUUCCUUCUUCUUUUGCCUUCUUUCUCUUUUCUUUAUUUGUCUCCUGGCCUUUCUUGUCUCUUCCUCGGGAAAUUUUAUUUUCUCCCACUCCAUAAAAUAUGUUGAAGAGUGGAAUUAAAAUAUAUACUGUAAUAUUAGCACCUAAGAAAAACAUUAAAAUGCUGAAAAUAGUAAAGCUGCAGAUUUGAUGAUGUAACUGGUGAAAUGUAGAGAUUCUUUGGUUGGGCUGUUUACUGUUCGGCUGUACCUGACGAAAGACCAAUUGUCAAGGAAUUUCUAGAAGCCUGGCACUCUGACAAAUCAACCCCAAUAGACACAUAGACAUUAACAACAUCUAUAGACUAUGCAAUAGAGUCUCAGUCUAAAAAGGAACACUGUGGACCCAACCACCUCUCCACAAGCAAUCAGCAUCUAGAUCAUCAUACUGUAGAUUAACUGCAAGGUUAAUAUCAAACCAACAAUCAAAUAAAUGAUACCCCAAUCAACAAACUGCCAAACAUUAUAUUGUACUGUACUGUAUUGUAUUGUAUUCCAUUCCAUUCCAUUCUAUUCUAUUCCAGUACAUAGAUUCAGAUUCAGGCUGCAAAAUUCUAUCUGCCAUUAGGUGACAGCAAAUAAUUCAGAAAUCUUUAACUCCUUACUAAAAUUUGAAGAUAUCUCUCCAAAGGAACGCUCAGCUAUAAAUUGACAUUAAAUUGCUAUGAAUGAAAUGGAAGACAUUUUUCUGAAACCUGAUAGAGUCGUUCUGCUGUUACAAGUGGGAGGAUAUUUCCCAUGACUUGCUAGUCUUCUAAAAAUGGAAACUACUCACAAUGCUCAGGAGGAAAACCCAGACUACAAACAUGCCAUUCCUCUAUUUUAAGCUUUUUUACUUCAAUAUGCUGCUGCAAAUUUGUAGUAUAUUUCAAGGCCAACAACAACAUAAAAUGGCCCCAAAUCUUAUUUGUGCCCUAAAAGGAAUCAUGCCCAGGCAUGUUUUCUUAAUUGAUGUGAUUCAUGUUCAUAUCUGUUGCUAUUUGCUCAGAAACAAACAUAUAUAGGAAAGAAGCCAAAAUGAGUGCAAAUUUCUCAUGAACUGUGGCACCCAGAGUCCAUCAAAAAUGCUGAGAAAAUCUUCUGCUUCACCAGUUUGAAAAGAACAAAUUCUAAAGUUCAUGAAAUGUACAGAGUUGAUUACUAGCCAAGUUUUGCUUCUGUUUUUUCUAAAUUCUUGCACAUUAUGUGAGAGUGGUUAACCUCUCCAAGAGGUGAAAAAAAGUUGUAAAAAUAGCAACUUUUACUGGUCUGUAAAAGCUGCAUUAAGGAGCAGUUCUGCAAAAAUAGUUGGACUAGUGGAUUGGAUUAAAAGAUUUACAAGGUAUGUACAGAUACAAUCUAGAUAUAAUGAAGAUAGAAAAACUAAAGGUCU